UCCUCCCUCAUUUUUUGCGGGGAAAAGGAGACGGUCGUCGUCGGCGACAUAAUGAGCUCGGCGGCGGCCGUAGAUACUGAGGCUGACUUGGUCUGCGAAUUGGACAGCGUACGAGGCAUUGUAGAUGCCCUCUGCUCCGUUCGGUGGAAGCGCUUUCAGGAUGCUCUCGUAGAAUUAUCCGAACACGGUAUAGUGAUAAUCGUCGAGGAAACCGGUUGUCUUCAAGCCAAGGUUUACUUACAACGCGAGUUAUUUAUCAAAUAUGAUUACGCGGCGACCGGCCGGCCGCGAUUUGGGGUGAGCUUGGGGCUCUUUAUUGACUGCCUCAAUACAUUUUCAGUCCCGGGCAGGUCGAACGUUCUCGAGCUUCGCUAUCCAGGCCCCGAUAUGCAACUCAUGCUCCGAUCUGUUGAUUCUCCAGAUGCCUGCAUUUAUGCAGAGAUAAGGACAAUUAUUCCAGAGACAAUCUCAUGGGACUACAACUUUGAACCAGCAGGAAGCACUCCUCUUAGUUUCACGGUUAAAUCUGCAGCUCUAAAGGAAGCUAUUGAUGACCUCGAAUGGCCUGGCUCUAGCAUUCAGAUAUCAUUACAGCCAUCACCCCCAUCUGUCAUCUUCAGGGGUGAAGGCCACGGGGACUUGCAGAUAGAUUUCAAUUACUACGCCAAUACAGACCUUCUGAUUGCAUUCAGCUGUGAUCGCCAAGUUUCACACAGGUACAAAUACAAGUUCCUGCGAGCAACAACUUCAAACAUACCGGCUAGUGUCCUGAAAGACAAUCGAGGGAGCAAGGCCACAAUUGGCAGAGGUGGCAUGCUCAAAAUUCAGCACCUUGUUUCAGUGGCGAAGCCCUCUGUUCUCCAUCCCCACAUUGACUCGGCCGGCUAUCAGCAGCCCAGCCGCAUUGCCUAUAUUGAGUUCUUUGUCAAGCCAGAAGUUGAAGAAAGUAAUGCAGAUGAUGAUUAGUAGAUGAUAGCUCCCUGGGGAUUUAUUGCUUAGAUGAUGCAGUAAAAGUCUUCUUUACAAGAAAAUGGAUAUGUAUAAAACACGUAUGAAAAGAUUUUUAUUGAUUUUCCCAUUUCAACA